UAAAUUGAAUUGCGUUUUGGUAAUUUUUUUUCAAAAAAUCGGUUUUAAGCAUGGUCAUCGGUCAAUUUUUUGAUCACAUGACCGGUAAUAACGAAAAAAAUAAUGUAAUCAUUUUUUAAGGAUAAACUUUAAUGUAAUGCAAAAUAAAGCAUUGUCUGACUUCCCACUUGCUUAAUAAGCCCAUUUUUGAACAGUUCGGUGUCUCUAUUUAAUUAGUGGAAUUUUAUCAGUCCAUCUUCGUUUAAUUAGUUUGUUUACUCGAGACAGGUGGUCAGGUAUCCUUGAAAUUCACAUUCCGGUGGUGCUUGAAGAAAAUUCAACACUGUCAUGGCUCUCGAGUUGGAAGUGGUGAAAACUUCCGGUAAACCGAUUGGGAAAAUCUCAAUCGCGAGUUCGGCGACAAUAAAAGACUUAAAAAAGGAGAUUUUCAAAAAGUACAAAUUGGGAGUUGAGCGCCAAUCGAUACGAAAUGGGCCGAAAGGAAAAGACGAAAAAGACAGUCAAGAAAUAAAUAAAAUCAACUUGGAGACUCCUAACACAGUUUAUGUUAAGGAUUUGGGACCACAAAUCGGCUGGGAUACGGUUUUCUUCCUCGAAUACGCGGGGCCGAUAUUUCUCUAUGGGGCCCUGUUUUUAUUCCCGCAUUGUUUCUACGGGGGCAAGAGUCUGGAACAGGGGCGGGGGCACAACGCCAGAGAUAUUUUUCCGUUUUAUAUUUUUCCAGUUGAGCAAAUCAACAAAAUAUGCGGGGGGUCACUUAUCAAAGUCCACGAUAAUGCAUAUUACGCCGGUAUUUUAUGGACUAUUCAUUAUGGGAAAAGAAUUCUUGAAACGGCGUUUGUGCACCGAUUUUCGCACGGAACAAUGCCAAUUUUCAAUUUAUUUAAAAACUGUUCCUACUAUUGGGGCUUUGCGAUUUAUCUAGCCUACCAUGUUAACCACCCCUUGCACACUGCGCCCCCAACGUGGCUCUUCUACCUCGGCGUUUUCAUAUUUCUAUUCUGCGAAGUUGGUAAUUUAAGUAUUCAUAUUUUAUUGAGGAAUUUACGACCUGAAGGCUCGACCGUGAGGAAAAUUCCAGUACCGGACUCGAACCCGUUCACGAAAUUAUUUAAUUACGUCUCAUGUCCCAAUUACACUUACGAGUUUGGGUCUUGGGUCGGUUUCACUCUCUUGACGGGUUGUUUUCCAGUUUUUAUUUUUGCGCUCGCGGGACUGUACCAAAUGACUGUUUGGGCUAUUGGGAAGCACAAGAAGUACCGACAGGAGUUCCCCAAUUAUCCCAAGAAGAGGAAAGCGAUUUUACCAUUCCUGAUUUAAUUUUUUGUUGGGGUUAAUUUGUUUUUUUUUAAUGGUGUUUUGCGUAAUAAAACGGUUUCAUGGA